CAGGCCAAACAUCAAACGAAUAUUGUACAGUUGGGAAGCAUGAUCAGCCAGGGAAGAAACAAUCUUCACUACCUUGAGAACAAAAUCAGAAACUAUCUAAUUGAGUUAAACCGAGAGCAGACAGAGAUUACUGAGGUGUUUGCUGCAGUGAUGCAUGUUGUGAAGAAAGCUGAGAAGGAGCUGCAUGCUCCUCUAGAGGAUGGAAUAAGGAGUCUGAAGAAGGAGAUGGAAGAGAGGACACAGAAGAUACAGGAGGACCUCAAAAAGUAUCAAAACAUCAUCAACCAUCUGAAUCAAAGUCAGAAUGAAGAAGACGACUUCCUCUUUCUCCAGUCGUAUUCAUCUGUGCCUGCUGAAUUCAGAGAUGAUCUGAGAGUUUCUAUUGACACUGAACUAAACUUUUGCUCCAUGAGAAAUAUAACCGCAUCUGUUUUGACUUCUAUUAGGACUCAGCUGGAGAAUCUUCACUUUAUUGAAAUUAGAAGGAUUCAGAGGUUUUUAGUGAAUGUGAUUCUGGAUGAAAAAACUGCACAUCCAGCUCUGGAAGUGUCUCAAGAUGGCAAAACUGUAAGAGGUAAAGCAAACAGUCACGACAGUCCGGGCAGGUCCAGGCCAUUUAUGAGUGGAGUCUUGGGAAAGCUUCAGAUCACGACUGGAAAAGCAUUCUGGUUAGUGGAAGUGGGACAGAAAAUGGGCUGGAAACUUGGUGUAGUGAGAGAAAAUGCAAACAGGACAGGAAAAGUGUCCUACAAACCCAGUGAGGGUUAUUGGGUCAUUGUGUUCUGUGAUCCAAACACGUAUGGAGCUUUUGAAGAAAAACCUGUUCAGCUGCGUCUCUCCACCAAACCUAAGAAGGUGGGAGUGUUUGUCGACUAUGAGAACGCUCUCAUCUCCUUCUACAAUAUGAACGAUCUGUCACAUAUUUACACAUUCACUCAGUGUAGAUUCAAUGGAACAAUCCGUCCAUAUUUUAACCCUCAUCUCAACAUAGAUGUCAAUCAUUCAGAUCCAAUGAUCAUUUCUUCUGUUAAUCCAACUGAUAUAUGAGAGGUGUAACAUAUACAGUAAAUACCUCAAUUAUUGUAUAUCAUAAUAUCAAAUAUAAUGGUGAAGGGGGUAUUGUCCAAUUUUUAAAUUGAUACUUUUUUACUUUUUUUUUCUGAAAACACUUUUGGUAACACUUUACUUGAAAGGGUGUUCAUAAGACUGACAU